AUGACUGGUGGUGAAAGUUCAAAAGAGGCAUCAAUAAAAGUGCCCGAAGAAACUCCGUCAAGAAUGUUACGUCAAUUGUCAAGGGCUCUUGUUCAGCCUGCGUUAGACCAACACUUAACACCUUUGAGACAAAGAGUUGGCACACCAAAAAGACAAAGAGUUUCUACCCCACGUACGCCACGGACACGUCAAACUCCUAUUAUACAUUUGACACCAAAUUCUACGCGUCGGUCGCUGAGAAGGCAAAGUAAAGAGGAUAAAUCAAAAACGAAAAAGAAACAAACACCACAAAAUUUAUUAAGAGUAUUGUCUCGAGCCCCAGGAUUUGUGCAAAAAUCUCAAAUUGCUCCUGAUGUGCCAGGUCCAAGUAAUAUCGAGAUAGAAGAUGUAGAACCUGAGAAAAAUAAUAUCGAGAUAGAAGAUAUAGAACCUGAGGAACAUCCUACAGAGAUUAUGGAAUUCACUGGAGAGAUCAAAGAUAUAGAACCCGAGGAACAGCGUCACAUCCUAGAUAAUGAUAAUGAUGAUAUUACCAAUGUAUAUAGUGAUCAAGCUACGGAGACUAUGGAAUUUACUGGAGAGUUCAAAAUUAUUCCUCGUGAUAUGAAUGAUGAUACAAAUAUUUAUAACGAUCAAGAACGGCGUCACAUCCUAGAUUAUGAUAAUGAUGAUAUUACCAAUGUCUAUAGUGAUCAAGCUACAGAGACUAUGGAAUUUACUGGAGAGUUCAAAAGUAGUCCACAUGAUAUUAAUGUUGAUACAAAUAUUUAUAAUGAUCAAGUUACAGAGAUUAUGGAAUGCAUUGGAGAGAUCAAUAAUAACCCCAUAGAACUUGACGAUGAUGAUGAAAAUGAUGUACAAGAUCAGGAACAACGCCCAAAAAAUCAAAGGGUGCCUAAAUCCAAAGGACCACCACAACUUCCUCAUUCGCUGAUUAAGAGAUUGUUCGGUAGUUUUUCAAAUGCGAAAUUGUCAAAGACUGCCAUGCAAGUGAUUAUCAGAACACAUCUAUUUUUUGAGCAAGUUGCUACGGACUUAGCAACUUAUGCUGCGCACGGUAAACGGGAGAUUAUUCAAGACAAAGAUGUAUUAUUAUUAAUGAAGAGACAAGGACUAAUCAAUGAUAAGAUUAGUUUUGAAUAUUUGGCUGAUCGUUAUUUGCCACGUGAAUUAUCGGAUGAAGUUUGCUUGGUCGCCCUGUUUCGUUCGUCUGCUUACUCUCAACAAAUUCCUUUUUCUGUGGAGGUGAAAAGUAGCGAUUCUGAUAAUAAAUAUUUUACUCUAAAACAAGUCUUACAUCAUGGUGGAACUUCACCGUCAACUAAGAACCUAUUCAGAAAGCUUGAAAUCAAUCCUCAAAACCGACAAUCUAUAUUUACCCAAGUUUCUUUUACCGCUAGUUUAGGUGAUAACUAUCAUGUAGUUAAUUGUAUCGAUAACCCAAACCCUUUAAUUGGUGUAAAAACUGUUCAAAAUAAAAUUCCAAAUUAUAAAGAUAAAGACUCGAUAUCGAAUUUAGCUAAAAUGAGUUACGAUGCAUAUAUUGAGUUAUCAAAAGAAGCUGAUUGGAUUGAUUUAGACGAAAAUUGGGAGAAACUACCAUUUGGCUGGGAGAAUGUAGGUUUACGAGGUUACGUAUUUGCAGAUCCAGAUAAUUCUACAAUUAUAAUAGCAUUUAAAGGAACUAGUUUACAUAUAAUAAAUGGUGGUGGUCCGACUGCUCCUAAGGAUAAGCUUAAUGAUAAUCUUAUGUUUUCAUGUUGUUGCGCAAAAAUUGAUUUCACCUGGAGAGGCGUAUGCGAUUGUCGUAUGAAUAAGAUGAAAUGUAAUAGUACUUGUAUCCAAAACGAGUGUAAUCUUAAGGAUAGUUAUUAUAAAACUGGAUUAGAAAUUUAUCAACAAGCAACAAUCGAUUAUCCAAAUUCAAAAAUUUGGCUUACAGGGCAUUCAUUAGGCGGUUCAAUAGCUUCUUUAAUAGCAUUAACUCAUAAUCUUCCAGCAGUAGUAUUCCAGACUCCCGGUGAACUCCUUUAUGCAAAACGAAUUGGUCUUCUUCCUGAUAACUCUGAAUCUGAAUUAAACGAUUAUUUAGAAAGAUUGCAGAUUUAUCAUUUUGGACAUACAGCAGAUCCAGUUUUCACUGGCACCUGUAAUGGUAAAACUUCAACAUGUUAUCAUGUAGGAUUCGCUAUGGAAACAAAAUGCCAUCUGGGCAACACAUGUACAUAUGAUACUCGCGCUAAACUUGGUUGGAAACCCUCAAUUAUGAAUCAUGCUCUGUUACCAUUCAUUAAUAAAGUCAUUAAUGAAUGGCCUAGAAUUACGGAAGGAAGGGAAAAUAUUGCAAAAUGUGAAGUUGAACGAGAGUGCAAGGAUUGUGAAGGAUGGAGUUUUAUAUAG